ACACGCGCUUCAACUUCGGUUGGUGUGUGUCGAAGAAACCUGACUACGACCUGGGGAGAAGAGCGAAGAGGGUCCACCGAGCCUCGCGAAAGGUCCGCUGAGCGGGCUCGCGUCCGGAGCCACUCCGGGCUGCGGAGCACCCAGCGGAACCCACGCCUGGCACAGGUGUGGGACCCCGUCCUCCUGUCUUCGCAGAGGAGUCCUCGCGUGGUGAGUAUGCGAAACAAAAAGCUUUUGAAAACAAAAAGAAGAAAGGGUGGAAGAGGAGGCCAGGAUCCGGGCCUCCAUCCCCACAGGAGCGAAGCUACACCUGGGAGGUCUCCUCCCACCCCAGCUCUCACCCUGGGGCCCGACUGCCCACCUCCUCCUCCUCCUCCUCCCCCCAACGGCCCCUCCUCCUCCUCUUCCUCUUGCUCCUCCUCCUCUUCCUCUUCUUCAUCCUCACGCAGCGCCCAAAGGGGCCAGUACAUUCCCAACCUGGCCGAACGAAGGCGGGACGAUCUCUCUGAAGAGAUCAACAACCUCAGAGAGAAGGUCAUGAAGCAGUCCGAGGAGAACAACAACCUGCAGAACCAGGUGCAGAAGCUCACAGAGGAGAACACCUCCCUUCGUGAGCAAGUGGAGCCUGCCCCUCAGGAUGAGGAGGAUGACAUCGAGCUCCGAGGUGCUGCGGCGGCUGCUGCCCCACCCACUCCGUUAGAGGAAGAGUGCCCAGAUGACCUUCCCGAGAAGUUUGACGGCAACCCAGACAUGCUGGUUCCUUUCAUGGCUCAGUGCCAGCUCUUCAUGGAAAAGAGCACCAGAGAUUUCUCAGUCGAUCGCGUCCGCGUCUGCUUCGUGACAAGCAUGAUGACCGGCCGUGCCGCCCGCUGGGCCUCUGCGAAGCUGGAGCGAUCCCACUACCUGAUGCACAACUACCCAGCCUUCAUGACUGAAAUGAAGCACGUCUUUGAAGACCCUCAGAGGCGAGAGGCCGCCAAACGCAAGAUCAGACGUCUGCGCCAAGGCAUGGGGUCAGUCAUCGACUACUCCAAUGCUUUCCAGAUGAUUGCCCAGGACCUGGAUUGGAACGAGCCCGCCCUGAUUGACCAGUACCACGAGGGCCUCAGCGACCACAUUCAGGCAGAGCUGUCGCGCCUCGAAGUGGCCAAGUCGCUGUCGGCGCUGAUCGGCCAAUGCAUCCACAUUGAGAGAAGGCUGGCCAGAGCGGCCGCAGCUCGCAAGCCGCGUUCCCCGCCGCGCGCGCUCGUGUUGCCGCACAUCACGAGCCACCACCAGGUAGAUCCAACCGAGCCUGUGGGCGGCGCCCGCAUGCGCCUGACCCAGGAAGAAAAAGAAAGACGCAGAAAGCUGAACCUCUGCCUCUACUGCGGAAAUGGAGGUCACUACGCCGACAACUGUCCUGCCAAGGCCUCAAAGGCUUCACCGGCGGGAAACUCCCCGGCCCCGCUGUAGAGGGACCUUCAGCGACCGGGCCAGAAAUAAUAAGGUCCCCACAAGAUGAUGCUUCAUCUCCACACUUGCAAGUGAUGCUCCAGAUUCAUCUCCCGGGCAGACACACCCUGUUCGUCCGAGCCAUGAUCGAUUCUGGUGCUUCUGGCAACUUCAUCGAUCACGAAUACGUUGCCCAAAAUGGAAUUCCUCUGAGGGUCAAGGACUGGCCAAUACUGGUAGAAGCAAUUGAUGGACGCCCCAUAGCAUCGGGCCCAGUUGUCCACGAAACGCACGACCUGAUAGUCGACCUGGGAGAUCACCGUGAGGUGCUGUCAUUCGAUGUGACUCAGUCUCCAUUCUUCCCUGUCGUCCUAGGGGUGCGCUGGCUAAGCACACACGACCCCAACAUCACAUGGAGCACCCGAUCGAUCGUCUUUGAUUCUGAAUAUUGCCGAUACCACUGCCGGAUGUAUUCUCCAAUACCUCCGUCGCUCCCACCACCAGCACAGCCAUCGUUUUACUACCCGGUGGAUGGAUACAGAGUUUACCAACCAGUGAGGUAUUACUAUGUCCAGAAUGUGUACACUCCAGUGGAUGAAAACGUCUACCCGGAUCACCGCCUGGUUGACCCUACCAUCGAAAUGAUACCUGGAGCGCACAGUAUUCCCAGCGGACACGUCUACUCACUGUCCGAACCCGAAAUGGCAGCCCUGCGAGAUUUUGUGGCCAGAAACGUGAAAGACGGGCUGAUUACUCCAACAAUCGCGCCGAAUGGAGCCCAAGUUCUCCAGGUGAAGAGGGGGUGGAAACUGCAAGUUUCCUACGACUGCCGAGCUCCCAACAGUUUCACCAUCCAGAAUCAGUAUCCUCGACUCUCUAUUCCAAAUUUGGAUGACCAGGCUCACCUGGCAACGUACACUGAAUACGUACCUCAAAUACCUGGAUACCAGACGUACCCCACAUACGCCACGUACCCGACCUACCCAGUAGGAUUCGCCUGGUACCCAGUGGGGCGAGAUGGACAUGGACGAUCGCUCUAUGUCCCCGUGAUGAUCACUUGGAAUCCGCAUUGGUACCGCCAGCCUCCGGUACCCCAGUAUCCGCCACCGCAGCCGCCGCCGCCGCCUCCGCCGCCGCCGCCGCCGCCAUCUUACAGCACCAUGUAAACACUUGUCGUGUCCUUCAGGAUCUCUACCCUCAGAUUUACUCCUGUUCAGCUUCUCAGUCAGUGACUGCGUGCUAAAUUAGGCUACUGCAUCUUCAGGCCAACCUGAGGCACAGCCCUCUCUGAAACGGCUUCGGAAAGGUCAGGGCCACCCUGGACUGGCACACAGCCUAAAAAAGCACCAAAAGACCUCCGCCAUUUUCUGAGAGCGACAGAAUACUUACCAACAAAUUCUCUCUCAGUUUCCCACUUUAACUGCCAAUUUAACUAAAAUUCGUGACAAGUUUACUUCCCAG